AUGAAUGCCUUCCUAGGCCCCCAGCCUUCUAACAGAAGUAGCAGCAGCAGCAGCGCAGCAGCAGCAGCGGAGCCCACGUGCCUGGAACUGAACCAGCUCUGUGAGCCCCGGGGCCCCCAGGGGGCCCCCGGGGGACCCACAGAUGCAGCAGCUGCUGCUUCUGGGUUUUUCCCGCAGCUGCUGCUGCAGGUUGAGGGCCGAUUUCGUGCUGCUGCUGCUGCUGCAACCAACACUUUGGGUGUAUGUACACUCCCCGCCCUCUUCCUGGGCGGAACUCUCUUUGGCGUUGUAGCAGCAACUCUUUCCUAUCGAGCGCGCAUGCGUGUCCUCAACAAACGCCUUCCUGCUGCUGCUGCUGCUGCUGCUGCAGCGCCUGCAGCAGCAGCCCCAGCAGCACCACCUGCAGCAGCAGCAGCAGCUGGAAGAGGAGCCCCGCCCACGCUGAACAGCCUAAAGCCUGAGCUGCUGCAACUUCCUUCCAAAUCUGCUGCUGCUGUCAUAGCAGCAGAGCUGUCUAGACACCGCAGAAGCAAAGUGUGGGGUGACGACGACGAAGACGAGGGGGCCCCCGUAGGGGCCCCGCAGCAGCAGCAGCAACAGCAGCAGCAGCAGCAGCAGCAGCGGCAGCAGCCUGCGUCUGCUGCUGAGUUGUUUACUGCUAGAGAGCUUGCUGCUCUCUUUUUUCUGCCUGCUGCUGCUGUUGCUUCUGUGUUUUCAAUUGCCUGGAUUUACCUCAAGACCCAAUGCGGCGUAGCCAAUGUAAGUGCUGCUGCUGCUGCUGCUUCUGCUGCUGCUGCUGUUGCUGCUGCUGUCGUUGCUGCUGCUGUUGCUGCUUCUGUCCUUGCUGUUAUUGCAGCAGCUGCUGCUGCUGAUGCUGCUUUUGCUGCUGCACUCGCGCCUGCCCCUGGAGCUUGCUAUGAAGGCGUCGCCUCAGUUGAGGUGUACGUACAGCCCAGCUGA